AUGCCCCUCGUCGAAGUCCUCAACACCACCUCAUCCCACACCACUCCGGGAUGGACCUAUGUCCCCGACACGGGCAUCGACCCGUCCCAAGCAGCCAUCAAUCAGACGACGGGGAGGAAACGAGGCAUCCGCGAGCCCGGCGGCCGGACGGACCUGACGUCGCGACAGAACACGGCCAUCAUCCGCCAUCUGGCGGAGCUGGAUCGUGAGAAUCAUCGGGAUGUGCAGAUACCGAUUCCGACGAAGAAGGAUGCGCCGAAGGAUGCUGCUGGGAGAGUUUCCCGAGCCAAAACCACGCCCAACGUCCGUCGCAUCCUGCAGUCGCAAAAGACGUUCCGAAACUACCUAGACGACGAGGAAGCCGCCCUGGCGCAGGCGCAGAAUGCCGGAACGGCGGCUUCUCAGCGUCCGGGCCCCCCGAGGAUGACCAAGAUACCGUCGCGAAGCACAACGCCUGCUGUUUCGAAGCCUGAGCAGUCUCGCAAACAGCAGCGGAAGUCCUUGCCACCACCAUCUACUGCGCCGACAGCACCGGAGGCUCCAGCUGGAAAGGGAAAGGGAAAGGAGAAGGAAAAGGAACAGCAACAGGAGCAGGAGCCGAAACAGGAGCAUGUCCAAGCCCAAGACCAGGACCAAGACCAACAGCCAGAAGAUCCGGAGGAGCAAUACCCCAAAGGCCUAAUCAAGACUGAAUACGACAACGACCCCCUCCUGCGGUCGUACAUCCCCUCCGCCCCCUCGGAACGCAUCAUGCAGAUGCUGCUGGCCGAACCGCCGCUGACAUACAACGCGGCGCGCGCCGGUCCUUCGACGUCAGGGAAACCGCCGCGAUAUUUCUGCACUAUCUGCGGGUACUGGGGCAAGAUCCGGUGUCGGAACUGUGGGGUUCGGACGUGCGGACUCGACUGUUACAAGAUUCAUGAAGAUUCGCGGUGUGGGGCGUUCUUUUAA